CCAUUCUUCUCAACCUCUCAAAAGCUUCCAUCUCUAUCAAUUUUCUUGAUUCGCACGUGAAGGGGCGCUUUAUUGCUAGCACUACUAGUAUCAAGUUCCUACAGCUCUAUCAUAUCAUCCUCCCUUAAGCUUCAGCCAUCAAGGCUCCAAGCUAUCAAUAAAAUCCUCAAAAUGAACAAAAACUGGAAUGACAGAGCCGAUAAAGACCUCUUUUUCACCAUCCUCUCCGUCAAAAAUAUCGGUGUAAUAAGUGGCGCAGAAUGGACCACCAUUGGUAACCACAUGCGUACCUUGGGAUAUGGCUUCACUAACGAAGGAUGCCGUCAACAUUUCCAAGGUCUUCGCAGAGCGCAACACAAGUCUGAAAAUGGGGAUGGUCAGCGCAAAGCUGAUCCUACUCAAAAUCCCAUCACACGGCGCCCCGGACCUGGUCGUGGAAGGCCGAGGAAGCAGCCACUAGUUCCGAUGAAUAGUCUUGACCAGGAGGAUUCGGGCACGUCAAGUCAUCCACAAGAGGUACAGUCAGGUACUGCAGGUACAAGUGUCGACUUGACUGAAGACAUGCCUGGGGAUGAGGAUGAUGCUCUGGAGAUACAAGACGAUUCGGGUCUAGAAGAACAGCCUUCAAAACGUCAACGGCUAGAGGAGGUUGAACAGCAACAGAAUGACGAUGAAGCUGUCUUGGCCCUAGCUGCGCAUGGAUUAUCUGGCCCUGAUGACCAUUAUGAUCCACCAGAUUAUUAUGCAGAGGCAUAGCAAGGCGUUUUUUUUUGUUCGAUUCAAGGAAGGGCGUUCUCAGCAUUGAAAAAACUCUAGAUGGGGCAAUGAGCAUUCCAUGAUAUUGAAAGGUUUCAUCCUGUCGUAGGUUCUCAUAUUCUACCUAGUAGCUAUAAAGGGCAGCACCAGUCUUCCAGGCUCUUGUUACCAUGCUUUGUGCGGCUGUCACUAAGCCAUAUUAUUCUCUAAAGAUGCUAGAGGAACAACACACGUGUGCGCUUUCACUGGGAAUGGGAAGGAUACGACCUACACCUCGGGGAAGGGUCUGUAUAGUAGCAUGGCAUCGCGUCGGUCGGCAGUCUGGAGUUAUGAAUGGGCUAAACAUUAUAUAACAUAGUUGGUAGCGACUAAUUCUAUUAUAUAUCCACAA